AUGUUGUUUAUAAUCGCUGCUAAUCCUGAAUUCCAAAUCAUGCUUUAAUGUUCCCGAAAUCAAUAAGACUACAAAUGUCUAGGAAUAUGGCUUAUGCGGAAAGCCCCCUACCAGAAAUUACAUUUAUCAUCUCAAUUGUUUUCUAGAGGAAUGAGAAAUUAUGUGCUUUGGCUUUUUUAAGAUUCUUUUCUUAUGUAUUCUUUAUAGAAUUGAUGCAGGCAAUGAUUGGCAGUGACAACCUUUAGCAAAACCCAAUUUAGAAUUUCAGUAGAUUAGGUUAAAGAAUUUAGAAGCCUGCUUAGACUGAAGAGAUGUGCUUGGUCUUUGUUAGGCUUUAUUCUGUAUAUAAUUAAUGGAUGGCAAUGAUUGGCAGCAAAAUCCAAUUUAGAAUGUCAGUAUAUUAAAUCAACAGAAUUUAGAAGCCUGCUUGGAGUGAAGGGAACAAUUAUCCUUUAGAUUUGUGGUCAUGGCCUUCUUGUGUAACUGAUGAGACCUUUGCUGAGAUGAGAAUGGAUGUAAUCUGAUUUGUUAGUGCAGCCUGUUCCGCCUAAGAAAGACUGGUAACAAGUUCUUUCUCAAAAUGUGCGAUUGAACCUUAACAUAGUUCUGAGAGGGACAAUCCUUGGGUGUUUUCACUUGGUAGUCCCAAAUCACCCAACCAUACUCUUGAAGUCUGGAUCUCAAUCAGACUCCCUAUUAGACCAUUGCUUUGGCUGUGCAUGGUGGUUGCUCAUCUAACUUGACUGGGGAUGUUUAAUGUAGUUUCUUGAUCGAUCCUACCUGUGACCUACUCCAAAAGGAAAUACAAGCAUCAUCAUUUAUGCAUCUAUUGAGUUCCUCUGCUUGUUACAACUUGCUUUCUGCCACUUGGAGCUAUAAAAUUCUUAAACAUGCACCCUGAGAAUAAGGAAUCUGUAGAUCAGCCUAUCAUCCCAGGACUGCCAGAUGAUCUGGCUUUGCGAUGUCUUGCAAAAGUAUCCCAUGGGCACCAUGGGCUGCUUGAAACUGUCUCAAAGAGGUGGAGAUAUUUAAUUCGUAGCUCAGAAUAUGCACACUAUAAAGCUAAAGAAGGGUGGUGUGGAAAUUGGCUGUUUGCUCUUACAGAACAGUCUAACAACCAGUGGAUUGCCUAUGAUCCUGAUGCUGAUAGGUGGCAUCCCCUGCCAAAGUUUUCAGGGGAUUAUGCUGACUGGCAUCAUUCUGGGUUUUCUUGUGUUUGUGUUUAUAAUCGACUCCUAGUGAUUGGUGGGUCCUAUGCACCACAAGAUUCAUCGCUUCCCCAUCAAAAGCCUUUGAUAACUGAUUAUGUCCUGCAGUUUGAUCCAUUUAAGAAAGAGUGGAAAAGCAUGGCAAGCAUGCGAACACCGCGUUCUCAUUUUGCAUGCAGUGUUAUCGGUGGUAAGGUUUAUGUUGCUGGGGGGCGCAACUUGUCUUGUACUAGAGGACUUGCCCUUGCUGAGGUUUAUGAUCCGCUAAUAGACAAAUGGGAGGAAUUGCCACCAAUGCCCAACCCACAGGUGGACUGCUUAGGCUUAUCAUAUAAAGGCAAACUGCAUGUUCUGAGUGACCAGGUAGGCCUGUCAGACGUGAAUGUAUCUCAAGUUUUUAAUCUAUCAGAAAAAACAUGGUGCACAGCAGAGGAUAUCUGGCCUUUCUCAAGGGCAAUGCAAUUCUCAGUUCAGGUCAUGGCGGAUGGUCGGGUAUAUACAGUUGUUGAUUGGGGUGAAAGCUUGAUUAAAACAAGGGAUUCUGAAAAAGGAGGAUGGUAUAUUGUUGGUGCAAUUCCUUCAGUCAUUCUUCAUAACCAUGCGCGGGCAUUGGAAGCCUUUGGUUAUGGUUUUGCAGCCUUAAGAGAGGAAUUGUAUAUUUUGGGUGGAAAGGUUCUGAAGUGGGAAGAUGCAGGAACUGGGAGAUUUGACAUUGUGAGAUUGGGUUUGGUGAGGGUAUGCAAUCCACUGGUCGGGCCAUUGAAAUGGAAGGAAGCUAGACCCAUGUGUGGGCGAGCUUGUGGCUCUAUACUAGGAUGUGCAUCCUUGGAAGAAGAAAAUUCUGUCUGAUCAAGGUAAAGCCUCAACUGAAACUUUUAUAAAUUGUAUGUGCUGGAUAUUACAAUUUUUCGUUUAACAAGCCCCUAGAGUUUAUUUGAAUGUUUGGUUGUCUAUUAAGAAGAAAGAAUGCAGCAAAGUUGAAAUGACGUCAAAAGUUGGAACUUAAAUUUUGCAUGCUGAACAAUCACACAAAUGAAAAGCGUUGUGGUAUUGUGAACUUUCAUUUUUCUUACAUGGAAUGUUAUCCUGCUGGAUAGUGUUUACUGCAGAGGACAGUUCAGUUCAGCAUGUUAUCAUCAAACAAUGCUUACAAAACACAAGAAUUUGUCUUAGUUACGUGGUUCCAGUUCAGCAUGUUAUUGGCCAUAUGUAUUGCCAAGAGUAUUGGACAGUACUGGCACUGGGAGCGGAUGAGAAUAUGACAGUCAAAGAAAUACAUUCAUAUAUAUAUAUAUAUAUAUUCCAUCUUGUAUUUUCUUAUUGCUUUAUAGUAGCAUGGUGUGUAACAAACUGACAGGCCAAAAGAAUAGCCAUUCUUUCCUUUGCUCUAAUUGCAAGUGGGAGGGUGGAAGGAGGUGCUUGGCACAAAGGACUUGUUUGACAUUCCAUGACGUGCCCUUAUUAUUAUAUUUAUCUUCUUCCUGUCUUCGAGCUUCAACAUUAUGAAAAUUUUACGUUGGCCUUUGGACCGCGUGGCUGUUGCAGAUGAUUUCCUUAGUUC